CCCACAGAGAUCUCUGACUUUUGUUUUCAUUCAAUGACUUCUAGAUCUAUCAUCUUUUCUCAAGGGCUUUAGAUUGACAUGCGGACAAUUUCAUUUUAGAUGAUACAGUAACGCCUAAAACUGCAGAUUAGACUAAAAGUAAUAAAGUACAAAUUUAAAUUUCAAUUGAUUUGAUUUCAAAUGCUUUUUAAAAUCCAGCCUGUUACCAUAGAACGACUUCCAAGAUGAAAACUCCCAAGCAAAUAAAAGUGAUCACUUCACAGCUAGAAGUUUUAGAAGAGCUCAAAGAUCAGUUAGAAACCCUUAUUGCAGAUAUAAAUACAGUAACUUUGAAAGGAAAGACAUGGAUUGAUGAUUCAUACAGCCAAAAUUUUGUAGAGAUCAAUCUUUACCUAUCCAAUGAAACAUCCAGAUGUUUACGAUGUUAUCGUGAUCUAAAUAGUGAUGACUUCGAUCAGCAUUCUCAUUCGGCGGAACAUUCUAAUCAAGCGGAAAACACAAGUCCAAAAGUGUAUAACCUCAGUUCUCAAGAUGACAAAACGUAUCAAAGAUUAGCUGGCAUGGUGGAUAAAAUAGAAUCCACACUUACAAAACAUUCAAGAAAAAUAAAAAAUUUGCAAGAGAAAUCAUUGCAGCAAGAAACCAGAAUCGAGUCGACAUUGGAAAAGAUACAAGAAAAUGAAACACAGAAUGAUUCCAAAUUUGAAGAGUUCAUUAGCGAACUACAAGGAGCCAGUCAAUUUAUGUCAAGUCUACAAACCCAGAAUACAACGUUGUCUAACAAAGUGAGGGAGCACGACGAACAGAUAAGAGAAAUGGUGAAUACAACUGAAACUUUACGACAUUUGCCUCAAGCACUACAAAACCAGAAAGAACGCUUGGAGUCAUUUGUACAAGCCAAUGAAUCCGAAGGUAAAGGUCACGUGCUCAAAAUGGACGAAGUUAUGCAAGAACAUACAUCAAAUAUUCAGCAAUUAAAUACAAAAUAUGAACAUUUGUUUCAUUUACUUCAAACUAAUGAAACUAAGAUAAGCCAGUUAAAAACAUGUAAUGACACUGAAACUCUUUCAAAUAUAAAUCAUAAGCUGAAAGAACACGAAGAACACUUAAAACGCAUUGGAAGAAACCACAAAGAAAUGAGUGACACCAACAGAAAGAAAAUGGAUGUCAUUAACGCUAAAAUUCAAGCCGGUAGUAAAACAACUUCUAACUUACAGGUUAAUUUUGAAUCUCUGCAGUCCGAAUUAAACCAUUUAAAAGAAGACUUCAAGCAUACUAAUUCUUUAAUGGAAUUAUUUAAGACAAAUAUGACAGAAAUUAAAGAUCAACUAUGUGCCUAUAAAUCUGAUUCUGAAGUGUUAACUCUGGAUGCGUCUAAAGAAUUGCAUGUUGUGAAAAAUAAAAUGACUACUGUUGAAAGCCAGAUGAGACCUGCUAAACAAGUGAAAGCAGUAAGAGGACAGUUAGAAGUUCUAGAAGACUUGAAAGUCCAGAUUGAUGGCCUUCUUGGGAACAUAUGUCAUGUCAUCCAAGUAGGAGAAUCAUGGAUAGGAGAAUCAGACAACAAAACAUUCACUGACAUUUAUCAGUUUCUGGCCUUUCAAACAGCGGAAUGCAUUAGCAAAUGUUCGUCCAUUGCAAAUGGAAGCGAAGACGCCUGCCAAUCAGCUGACACGACCGAACCAAGUGUGAAAGAAAAUACACCAGUUACAGUUUCUUCUUUUACUUUGCAAGGCGAUAGAGAACUAAGUAAACUGAUGCUUAGGUUCGAGAGCAUAGAGAACUCUGUUACAUCAAAUUCUAAAAAAAUUAAAAUUUUGAAUCAAAGGCUUAAAGAACAAGAAAGAAACCAAAACGAAAGUACUUUAAAGGCACAAGAGGAAAUGGACAAGACAAACGCCAAGAAAUAUGAACAAAUAAUAGAAGAACUUCAUGCUGCUAGCAGUUUUAUGUCAAAUCUACAAAAAGAAACUGAAUCCUUAUCUCAAAACAUUAAUGAAAGGGUGAUAACUGCUUCUCAGCAAGAACAAAAAGAGAGUAAUACAGUUUUUGAAGUUAAUGAAAUGAAAUUAGAAAUCUCAAAAACCACUGAAAGUUUAUGUAAUUUAUCAUCUCUUUAUGAUGCAUUAUCAAGUCAAGUUAAUGAAAAUAAUAGCAAAAUAUCUGAGUUGUGUAGCUCUGUAGAAAAGAUUACAUUAAAUAACCAAGGAAAAUCUGCUCAGAUUAUGGAAGAAAAUCGUAAGGAUCGGGAAGAGAAAACUAGAAAUCAGACAGAUGAUACUGAGGAUACAUUGCAAUCUACGAUUGACUUAUUUUUAGAACAAGUCGAAUGGAAAUCAACAACAAACCAAUUGCAAGAAUUACAUAGCUUCUGUCAAGCAUUUAGAUCUACGAGCAGUGAUUCUUCAAAGAAUGAAGUGUCUGAUAGUUCAGUGUUGGCCACAACAUUGAUGACGACCAUGGAUGAGCAAGAAAUAAGUUUUAAAGAUUAUUAUGAAGAAAAAAUUAAUAGACUCUCAGAAAAGAUUGCGGAAAUGAAUGAGUGUGUCAGCUUUCAUGUAGAAGUUGAAAGUGACCGUACCCUGAAUUUAAGAGCUGCAAAGAAUUUUACCUGCUUUAACGAUGUAAUUACUAAUGACGGAAAACAUUUCGAUGUAGACACUGGAACGUUUUCUGUGCCCUGCAGUGGCUUGUACUUGUUUAGCUUGAAGUUGGAUAUUGAUAACGAUGAAGAGAUGGAAUUUAAUAUUUAUGUGAAAUCUAAGAAUGAAGAAGAACACAAUUGCCACUAUAUUUAUGUUAUAGAGGAAAAUGAGUCUACGGGCUCUGUAGUUUUCCCUUUAAACUUAAGUAAAGAGGAUGAGGUGUACAUUAGACCAUAUGAAGAUUACCUCCAUGUAAAAGUACGCUUUCUAUCAUAUUUCUCAUGCGUGCUAAUAAAGAAUUUUCAAAAUUGAAACUUUUUUCAAAAAAUGUCAACUAAAGCGUGUUUUUAUUUAAAACCUUUUCACAAAACCUCUAUUCAAUUCAGACAUUCAUCGAACCUUCUUGUUUGAGAAACCUGGAAGCGGAUCUCGAAAACGGCUCUAAAAACUGAUUUCGCUAGAACUGACAGUCGAUGUAUAUCAUUGAUAAAAGAAUUACUAGCUCGUAUACUACAUUAGAAACACUCUAGUUUGACCGAAAUUAGUUUGUUGGACUAGUCCGUUUCGUUUCUUUGAUUACAAAGUAUUGGGCCGGAAGUCGCUUUUUUUAUUUAUUUAUUUUAUGAGUAUUUUACCCAAGAUCUAUGUUGUUUUUUUGGGACUAGCUUAUUUCAUGUACCCGGCAUUUUCCGAUACACAAUUUAAUACACAAAGUAAUUGUUGAAAAAAAUUGUAGUGAUUUUAAACUUUAAAUGAUUACUUAAAAGGGUGUUACUCUAAUCAAUUUGAAUAUUAUUUUGUUAUGAAUGUCACUGUUUAUUUUGUGUCUGUUCUAGUUUCUUAAAUUUUUCUUGAGUAAAGGGGUCGUUUUUCUCCUAAUGGGUAUACCUGAUUUCUCCAAGCAGCCUUUAUAAAAUAUUGGUCCUAAAUAAUGCUAUGUUUAUAAACGAAAAAUCGCAUGGCUGCAUUAUGAUGAAUGUACGUGUUAGUUCAAUAUAUUUUAUAUUACUGGGUAUCUAUAAAUAACCGCAUAAAUAGAUGUAAGUUUAAUUUUUUUUUCUGUUAGAUAAAGUCAUAUGACAAAUUUUUGUUUAUAUCCUAAUUCUAAAAAGGAAUAAUAAUAGAAUUAUACAGUAAAAAUAAUCACUAAGUUUUUCUUUUAAUAGUUUUGAAAGUCUAACUGAGUUUGUGUUUUUGCAGAUGUACACAAGCUACACUAUGAGUCAGUCCAUCUCUUAUGACUAUUUAGAAAUGAGAGUAAAAAUGUAGGUUUCGAUAUUUUUAGCCUGAAUUUAAGAAGUUACAAACUUCAAACAACUAAUAUAUUGCCUCUUCCAUAAAACUUUGUACUUAAAAAAAUAGGCCUAUUAUUAUAAAAAAAUAAACAGUCAUUAUAGACAUCAUUCGCAAUUUUAUUCUUAGGUCUAGGCAUUGAAAAGUAAAUCUAUUAAUAAACUAUAAUCGAUCUAAGUCUAAGUACUAACUUUUUAAAUAAGUCAUUAUAAGUAGAAGUAUUAUAAUGAAUAUUGUAUAGAUCUAGAUUGACUAUAUUAUAGAUAGAUCUAUAGAUCUCUAGUUUAGUAGAUUAAGUAUAGGAGUAUAGUAAACGUAUUACAGUAUUAUUAGAUCUAUGUCUUAUGUCUAUAAUAGUCUAUAUCUAAUUAAAAAUUCUAAUAAUCUAAUAAUUAAAAAACUUUAGUCUUUAUUAAUAUCUAGACUUUUUUUCUUAUAAAAACUGACUAUAGGCAUAGCAUAGGCUAGACUCGGCAAUCUAGUCUCAAGAUAGAAUCUAUACUAUUACUAGAUCUAUUCGAUUUUUAUAUAUAGAUCUAGACUAGAAUUAGAUUAUAGAUCUAAAUAUACUAAUGGAUAGAUGAUAUGAGGUGUUAGCUAAUAGCGUUGCUCAAGAAACAAACUUGGGUUUUUCUAAACUCUAAUACUUGGUAUGUAAUAGUAAAACAGCACCUACCUAAAUAAAUCAUAACUAGCAAUCAAAAACCUAUAUUUAUUGUAGUAUAUAUAGGUCUGUGGUUGUAUUUUAUAUAGCCUUCGUAACUUCUUCUAUAGAGAAUUGACUUUUUGUAAUUUCUUUUACUAAAAAUUGGGCUAUUCGCGUCAUAACUAGCAAUCAAAAACCUAUAUUUAUUGUAGUAUAUAUAGGUCUGUGGUUGUAUUUUAUAUAGCCUUCGUAACUUCUUCUAUAGAGAAUUGACUUUUUGUAAUUUCUUUUACUAAAAAUUGGGCUAUUCGCGUCUGACACAUAUAUAAAUUUUAUGUUCAGCAACAAACCCUAUUGAACAUCAAAAAUAAGAGUACUCUCGUCUCAUAAUUAUUAUUUUGCGAUUUUUAGAUACAUAAUCUAGAAAAAUCUAGGUAAUCAAUCUAUUUAAAUGUACAUAAGAUGAUUUAAAUCAACAUGAAUUAUUUCGAUCUAGGAUUUUUGAAACAUUAUCUCAAUGGAAACUAACAGGAAAUUGCUUCAUCUUCCGUGCUCUAAGGGAGUAAUUCUCAGCAUGGUUCACUACCAAUUGGGUGGGUGGACGCGAUUCUCAAAAAUGGCUCUAUCGAUUUUUCUAGAGAUUUGACAGUUGUUGUAUUUCGUUGGGAAAAGAAUUCUGCUAUUGGCCACAUUAGGAAAACUCUAGUUUGACCGUUAAAAUGUGUCAAGGUAAAAAUAAAAUGAAAUAAAUUUAAAUUUGUCUAGAGAUCAAGAAAAUAUUUAUCUUGCGUGGGCUAAACGUCUUCGGGUAUUUCCGUAUAUAGGUAUUACUAAGAGUUUAAAAAUUCAAAUUCAGAAACAAUUUUCGCACCAUCUUUUAAGUCUUAUCCAUAGACUUAUAUAUACUAGGCCUAAAUAAUAUAUAAGUCUAUGGUCUUAUCUUAAAUUAUAUAAUACAGACGUUACUUCAAAAAAGAAGUUGAUUACGUCCUACGCGUAAUGCAUUCAUUUUUUUCAGUCAUACAUAUUAACCAAUGACCUAAAUUCUGCGGAGUCAAUAUUCAAUGGCCAAUCAUUUGAAUACAUUCACUUAACUAUGAUCUUUUCUCUUAAAAAAAUGGGUGUGUGGACAAUCGCUCUAUAAGUUGUGAAAAGGAUUUAUCGUUGUUGUUUUUUUUUGCUUAAAAGUAUUUUAAAAAAUGUUUUCAAAUCUUAUAUAAUAAUAAUAAUAAUAAUAAUAAUCUUUAUUAUCCGUAAGGAAAUUUGUCUUACAAUUUGUGCAUUACACCAAACAAAAAACAUUAUAACUAUAAGAAACCAAAGUGUACAUUCACACCAGACUCACUCAUAAUUUACAUGUGACAAAGUUUAUAUCAGAUUGUUCUUAUUUAAUGAUUUGAUUGCCAGGGGAACAAAAGAGUGUUUGUGUCUGUUUGUCUUUGCUAUCGGUGUCUUGUAUCUCUUUUGUGAUGGUAAAAUCACAAAAUCCUGACACAAAGGGUGAUUCUUUAUUUCGAGGAUCUUGUUAGCUUUUUUAUAGAUGUUUGUCUCAAACAACUGACCAAAUGGGGUUUGUUUUUUGCCAAUGAUUUUGCCAGCAGCAUUUAGGAUUCUAUAAAGUUUAUUCCUAUUUUUAAUGCUCAGAUUGCCAUACCAGGCAGUGAUAUUGAAACUUAAAAUAUUGCAGAUGUGAGCGUGAUAAAACAUAGCCAAGGCCUUUUCGCUAACAUUAAACGAGGACAGUUUUCUUAGUAGUCGUAAUCUUUGCUGCCCUUUUUUGCUGAUAUAAUCAGUAUUUGCAGUAAAAUUUAGUUUAUUGUCUAGGAUAGUACCAAGGUAUUUAAAGGUUUGCACAAUUUCAAUAGUCUCUCCAGCUACAGAAACAAUAUCAUUUCCCUUCAUGUCCCUACGAAAAUCGAUUAUCAUUUCUUUGGUUUUUUUUACAUUUAAUAAUAAAAAAUUAUCUUUACAGUAUUCCUCAAUGUGUUCUAGUUCUUUGAAAUACUCAUUUACGUCUGAGCUCUCUGAGAGCAGGGCAAGAAGAGCCGCAUCAUCAGCGAAUUUUGUGAAGGAGCAACAAGAACUAUCGGAUUGAAAAUCAUUGGUGUACAAAAUGAACCACAAUGGCGAUGUUACAGCCCCCUGGGGCGCCCCUGUGUUAACUAUGCGUUCAUUAGAUAUAACAUUGUUUACCCUAACCCUCUGAGCUCUCUGGGUCAAAAAUUCAUUAGCCCAUAGUAUUAAGUAUGGACUAAUCUGCAACGCUUUCAUCUUUUCAAUGAGUAAAUGAAGUUGUAUAGUGUUAAAAGCUGAUGAGAAAUCCAUAAAGAGCAAUCUUACAUAAGUGUUCGGUAAGUCCAGAUGUUUGUAGACACAGUUUAAAAUAUUUAGGAUGGCAUCGUCUACACCUUUACCCUUUUGGUAAGCAAAUUGUAAAGGGUCUAACUUAUUACAAAGAUCAUUCAGAAGAAACAUUUUAACCAAUUUUUCUAAACAUUUAGACACAAUGGAAGUAAGUGAAACAGGUCUAUAGUCAUUCAUUUCCUUCGGUUUGGAAACCUUUGGCACAGGUACAAUUAUAGAUGACUUCCACACAGCUUAUGAGCUUAUAUGAAAUAUUACCAAUAGUUAAUUAAUUAAUGGGCUAUAUUUUUAAAUUGAUUCUUGUUUUGUCAGGUAAAAAAAAUAAUGAUGCGAAAUUUCAGCUUAAUCCCAGAUUGGGUGUAGGAGAAAUAACGUGAACAAACUAGACAGAGUGUGUGGAUAUAAGCUUUGUAAAAAAAAAAUACUUCUGAUAUUUACCAUAAUAGGCCUACUAUGCUCAAAUGUUUCACCAUAAUUGUUGAUUGAAUAUACUUUAUAAUUUUUUUGUAUUACUAAAAUGUUUCUAGUGAUGAUUAUUGUACACAUUUUGUCCAAAAUGCUGAAUUGUAAAUCUAAUUACCUUUUGCGAUGAUUAAGUUAAGUUAUAUUAUUAUUAUUCCUUUAAAAAAAACAAUAAUUGGGCUAUGUUUUUUUUUUCAAUACAUUAAAGGCAGUUAAUAAAUGUU